GUGCACACAGGUUUCUCAAGCAUAUGCUUCAACUUGAUUAGCUUAAUAGUUUACACAGUGCCACUGAUUACCUUUUUUUUUUUGUCUUCCUCGGGCCGCACCCACGGCAUAUGGAAUUUCCCAGCCUAGGGGUUUUAAUUCGAACUGUAGCCGCUGUCGUCCGCCACAGCCACAGCAACGUCAGAUCCGAGUCAAGUCUGCCACCUACACCACAGCUCAAGGCAAAGCCGGAUCCUUAACCGCUGAGCAAGGCCUGGGAUGGAACCUCCGUCUUCAUGGAUUCCAGUCAGAUUCCUUUCUGCUGAGCCACGACGGAAACUCCGACUUCCUCAUUUUAUUUAUGCAUUGAUUUUUCUCACUGAAAUGUAAGGCGUUGGCACUGCCAUCAAAAUGUAGCCAGUGGACCGGAAGCAUCAGCCUCACCAAAGUGCAGGUUAAAACUGCAAAUCCUCAGGACACCACCAGCCCCAACCCCGACUUGCUUAAUCAGAAACUGUGGGGGCAUAGACCAGGAAUCUGUGUUUGCACAAGUCGUAUAGUGAUUAUAAAGUCUAAGCAGGGCUGAUCUAGGAUCCAUUAUUAGGGCCGCCUCUGGGUUGCAGCCAGCCCUCUUUAAAGGAGCGUACAGUGGAGCCUGGGAUCACGGGUUAGACCGUGUAAGAACCAAAGGGCAGCGCGCCUCCCCAGGACACCCUCCCCGCGCAGGCAGUUUCGCCCGGACCCCCCGACUGGGUUGGGAGGGGCGGCCGGACGGGGCGGGCCGGAGGCUGGCGUCCACGCCUUCCCAGCAUUCGGCUCGCCGCGUCGUGCCGUUCUCCCGCUUCCUUUCCUUUUCGUUCCCCUCCUUCUUUCUUUCCUUCCUUCCUUCCGCCGGGAGCGAUGGAGUCGGGGCGCCGGGCGGCCGCGGCACUGCUGGCGCUGCUGUGCGCUGGCUGCGCGCUGCGCUCCGGACGCGCCCAGUACGAGCGCUACAGCUUCCGCAGCUUCCCGCGGGACGAGCUGAUGCCGCUCGAGUCGGCCUACCGGCACGCGCUGGACCAGUACAGCGGCGAGCACUGGGCCGAGAGCGUGGGCUACCUGGAGAUUAGCCUGCGGCUGCACCGCCUGCUGCGCGACAGCGAGGCCUUCUGCCACCGCAACUGCAGCGCGGCGCCACAGCCUGAGCCCACCGCCGGCCUCGCGCGCUAUCCAGAGCUGCGCCUCUUUGGGGGCCUGCUGCGCCGCGCACACUGCCUCAAACGCUGCAAGCAGGGCCUGCCAGCCUUCCGCCAGUCACAGCCCAGCCGCGAAGUACUGGCCGACUUCCAGCGCCGAGAGCCCUACAAGUUUCUGCAGUUCGCCUACUUCAAGGCAAAUAAUCUCCCGAAAGCCAUUGCUGCUGCUCACACCUUUCUAUUGAAGCAUCCUGAUGAUGAAAUGAUGAAGAGAAACAUGGCUUAUUACAAGAGCCUGCCUGAUGCCGAGGACUACAUUAAAGACUUGGAAAGCAAGUCGUAUGAGAGCCUUUUCAUCCGAGCUGUGCGGGCGUACAAUGGUGAGAACUGGAGGACGUGCAUCACGGACAUGGAGCUGGCCCUUCCCGACUUCUUCAAGGCCUUUUAUGAGUGUCUGGCUGCCUGCGAGGGCUCCCGGGAGAUCAAGGACUUCAAGGAUUUCUAUCUUUCCAUAGCAGAUCAUUAUGUGGAAGUUCUGGAAUGCAAAAUCCAGUGUGAAGAGAACCUCACCCCAGUUAUAGGAGGCUAUCCAGUGGAGAAAUUUGUGGCUACCAUGUAUCAUUAUUUGCAGUUUGCCUAUUAUAAGUUGAAUGACCUGAAGAACGCGGCCCCCUGUGCCGUCAGCUACCUGCUCUUCGAUCACAACGACAAGGUCAUGCAGCAGAACCUGGUGUAUUACCAGUACCACAGGGACAAGUGGGGGCUUUCGGAUGAGCAUUUCCAGCCCAGACCAGAAGCAGUUCAGUUCUUUAAUGUGACUACACUCCAGAAAGAGCUGUAUGACUUUGCUAAGGAAAACAUAAUGGAUGAUGAUGAGGGAGAGGUCGUGGAAUACGUGGACGACCUCUUGGAGCUGGAGGAGACCAGCUAGUCCAGCAGCCAGAGAGACUUCCCCUCGGUGUUCAGGAAACAGAUUCUUCGUCUUCCUUUUCCCAAUAGUUGAUACCUCAGAGCCUCUCUUUACUCUGUGAAGCGAAAGGGAAGCCCCCAUCUCUCACUACAUCUAGCCAGGGUUGAGCCUGCCUUCCCUGUGUCCACACUUGCCUCCUUACGCCACGCUCGCCCUGCCAUCUUCCCACCUGUCUCCCCAUCAUUACACCUGCCUCCCCCAUGUCCACACCUGUGUUCCCAUUGUCACACCUGCCUUCUCCAUUUGUAUACCUGAGAAAGUCAUCAUUUUGGUUAGAAGGACACUUCUCCAUGGUUUGUGUUUUACCAGAAAAAUCAGUAUUAUUUUUUAAAUAAGAAAAAUACACCUAAAAAUGGGAAUUAUAAAAAGCCUACUUGAGAUUUUCUGCUUUUCCAGAUUUUGAUUUCCUUUCUCCCCAUCCCCUGAUCCAGCAAAGAUGGGGAGGACAAAGACCAACCUUCUCAAGGCCUCAUGAUGGUCUGCACAUGGUCUGACCUGCAUCAUUUCUGGCAGCCACUGAAAAAGAAGUUGGGUAGAUGGUGUAGAGUAUAGAAAUGUGGCUUUGGUUCAGCACUCCCGCAGCUCCAGAGGCUCACAAUGCUUGGUCGAUCCCAUGUGAGGACAUUGCUCCGCUGUAAGUCUCAGAGUUGGAAAUGGAAGGAAGCAGAGGGAAGCUGGUUUCACUUAUUCUCUGAACAAAUAUUUACUGAGCACCUACUAUGUGCUAGACCUUGACCCGGGCACUAGACAUCCUGCACAGAAUAACAAAGUCCCUGGGAGUUCCCGUGGUGGCACAGCAGAAACGACUCCAACUAGUAUCCAUGAGGAUGCAGGUUCAAUCCCUGGCCUCGCUCAGUGGGUUAAGGAUCCGGCGUUGCCGUGAGCUGUGGUGUAGGUCGAAGACAAAGCUCAGAUCUGACAUGGCUGGGGCUGUGGUGUAGGCCAGCAGCUGUAGCUCUGAUUUGACCCCAAUCCUGGGAACUUCCAUAUGCCUCAGGUAGGGCCCUAGAAAGCAAAAAGAAAAAGGAAAAGGAAAUCCCUGCCUUCCUAGAGCCUAUAUUCUACAGGGGAAGACAGACAACAAAUAAACAAGAGUAAAUAUAUACAAGGCAUCAGAGGGUGAUCAUUGUUAUGGAGGAAAAUAAAGCAGGGAAAGAGGUCAGGAAGCGUGGUGACAGGCCAGCCCAGGCUCUGCUCUGCUCCACGGCUCCCAUGUCACUCCGAGUAGAAGCCAGUGAUUUUUCACUGGCCGGCAAGGCUGAGCCUUCGGUCCAUGUACACUUGCCUUCCUCCAUUCUGCCCCUUACCCACACCUCUCCUGGGCUUCCUUGCUGUCUGUCUCUUGACCACAGCAAGCACAUCCUCACUGAGGGCACAGCACAUGCUGCCCCUCUGCCUGGAACGCUUGGCCCUGAACCAGCUUCCUGAGGCCUCUGCUCUGCUGUCACCUAUUGGUGAGGCCUUCCCUAACCAUUCUCGUCUUUCCCUGGGGCCGCCCCCAUCUUAGCAAUGUCCCCUGGGGACAGUAGGGUCGACGUGGUCAGCUCUUGGCUUCGUUUGAAGGUUAUGCAAUCAAGUUACUAAGUUUUUAUUUCAAAGGAAAUCUAACCAAUCUUUAAAAAAAAAAAAAAAAGGUGGACUGAUCCCUCCAAACUUAGCAUGAAACCUCAGUGUGCAGGCUGCACUCGGCAACCUCAACCCAGUGCCUCCCUGAGCGUGUUUCUUGGAAGCAUCUAGAAGAGUCCUGGGUUGAGACCUCAUGGGCUCAGCAUUAGCCUGGCCUGUCUUUUGCAAAAAUAAGCACAUUUUUCAGCUUUGUGGGUUUCCAGACCCAGCCGAGGAUGCCUCGCUUGCCCUCUGACCCACCUGCAGGCCCCCAACGGCUACUUUUGGGUUUCCUCAGGCUGGUCCCACCCAGGGAAGCUUCCCGCCGGGGGGGCGGGGGCGCGGUGUGUGUGUGUGUGUCUGUCUGUCUGUCCACCUUUCUGACUUUCAGGCAGCCCAGGCAGGGGCCCCCACUGGAGAGGAUCCCAAGGCACUCCCUGAGCCCUGUUACUUUUCAGAUUGUACCUUAGCCAGGAAGGGCUGGGGGGAACUUUGUGUGUACACAGAAGUUUAAAAGUAAUUAAUUGACUGAAAGUUACACAUCCCAGCAUAGUCACCAUCCUAAUAUCUUUCUGAGUUUGAGACUUUUUUUUUGGAGACUUUUCCUGGGUCACUGUCAGGCGAUUUAUUUCUUUUCUUAAAGUUGGUUUUGUUUGUUUGUUUGUCUUUUUGGUCGCACCUGUGGCAUAUAGAAGUUCCUCAGGCCAGGGAUCGAGCCCAUGCCACAGCAGUGAUAACAGCAACUCCUUAGCCACUAGGCCACCAGGGAACUCCUGAGGUUUUCUAAUCACUGCCACUAAUCUGUUGUGCUCACGUCUGGGGUCCAGGAGAACCACUGGGUCUGUUGCCCACAAAGGCAGCCUUAGGAAAUGUUGCUUUUAGGAGUUCUUCCUAAGGGAAUUUUAAGAGCACAAAAAUUUUAUUGAACCGAACUCAGUGGCAAACAGAAAAUGAUUUGUUAGAUUGUCAGUGGGAAAGGGUUUAUUAUGACUGCUGGUGGAAUCAACAGUGGCCGGUUCCUGCCAACAUUUAUGGAAAUAACCUUUUUCAGUUUUCAGUGUGAGCUGAAAACCUAAGCUACUUCAGUUUUCUUAAAAAAAAAAAUUCAAUACUUAAACUGUGGGGAGAAGGUGGAUUGGAGCCAGAGAAAACAUUCUCAUUUAAUAGUGUUUGCACAUGGAACGGCAACACAGUUUGUAGCGAGGCUCUGAGAAAAACCCACAACUAAUCCCUCAUCGCAGCUGUCCGAACUCUUGAUCAUCUGCCCUCCUGCAAACAGCGACGUCUUUUUUCUGGUGACUCCAGGCUUGAAUGACCUAGUGUGGUGAGUUUAAGCUAUAAUCAAGGGGGGCGGUGGGAAGGGAAGGGACCUUAAGUAAGCCUCGGCCAAAGCUUUUCAGCAUUGGAUUUCCUGUGCCUGCAGCUUGUCGCUGUGGGGGUGGGGAGCUAAUGGAUGGGUGAGGGGACCCCUAUUAGGCUGAGAACAAUGCUCUAGGUGAGAAGAGUACACUUAGGCAUUUUUGAGCAUUUUAAUUUUUAAUAUUAUUUUUUUUUUCGCUGCACUCAUGACUUGCAGACGUACCUGGGCCAAGGAUCAAACCUGUGACACAGCAGUGACCCAAGCCAUAGCAGUGGCAAUGCCAGAUCCUUAACCUACUGAGCCACCAGGAGACUCCCAUUUAUGAGCAUCUCAGCGGCCACCAAGACUGCAGGAGGGUGGGUUUACCUGCUUAGUGAAGGGCAUCUGGCAGGGAGGGGGCACCAACAGUGUUCAUAACCUUGGGUGGUUCCGGAGGGGUCGGGCCUGGUGUUUGAAGAGGUAAAGAGGGACGUAAGGCAGAUGGGAUUGAUGUCGAUGGCGUCUGACCUGGAAUUCUCCAUCCAUCCCUCCAGCUCUCUUUUCCACCUUGCCCUGUGCCCCGGGGCCUGACCCCUGUGGUCGACACUGCCUGGGCUCCCUCCCCCUCUGACUGCCAUGCGCCCCCGGGACUUGCUGGUGGGAGACUGCAGGGUGAAAGAAGAGGUCUAGGUCUUUAAAAUCCCUUCCCCCUCCAGGCCACAGCAACACAGCCCCUGUCCAGCUGUGGCCUUUCCUAUUGCUCUUGGCCAGGUCCCUAACAGCCGUCCACCGUCACUUGAUGGUUCUCUUAACCCUUCCCAGGCUUCUGUGACAAGUCCCCACACCUAACCCUCUUGAUUGAUUCCUUGGUCCCAUCAGUUAAGAGAAGAGAGGUUAUCAGACCUGGUCUCUUAGGGCCAGUGCUUCUCAAACUUGACCAUGCACACCCAUCACCUGGGCAUCUUGUCAAAUGCAAAGUCUGGAUCAGCAGGUUUGGAGUGGGACCUGAGAGUCUGCAUUUCUUUUCAUUUCUCUUUCCUUUUCUUUUUCUUUUCUUUUUUUUUUUUUUUUUGGCCUCAUGUUCGGCAUGUGGAAGUUCCCUGGCCAGCGAUCGAACCCGAGCUACAAGGGUGCUGCAGCGACACCACCAGAUCCUUAACCCCUGCUGUGCCACAAGGGAACUUCAGAUUCUGCAUUUCUAACAAGCUCCUAAGUGGUGACUAUGCUCCUGGCCUGGGAACCACAUUGAGUAGCAAAUUCCUGCGCUUUUUGUUGUAGUGAGAGGCAUGGUCUCUGGUUGGGUGAGAAAGGCGGAAGGAGAGAAGAGGAGGCAGGAGCUCUGCAGAUCCUCCCAAAUCCUGCAGGAGGUAACAUGCCGAGAUUUAGGGCAGGCUUAGAUACAGCAAAUGUUGACAUUAUUUACUACAGAAUUCUUAAAAACCAAAACAAAACACCGUUAUGUAACCCAGAUAUAAAAUACACUAAGUGGAGUUCCUGUCAUGGCUCAGUGGAAAUGAAUCUGACUAGCAACCAUGAGGACACAGGUUCGAUCCCUGGCCUUGCUCAGUGGGUUAAGGAUUCGGGGUUACCGUGAGCUGUGGUGUAGGUCGCAGAUGUGGCUCGGAUCCCAAUGCUGUGGCUGUGGUGUAGGCAGGCAGCUGUAGCUCCUAUUUGACCCCUAGCCUGGACUCUCCAUAUGCUGCAGGUGCCGCCCUAAAAAGACAAAAUAAAUUUUAACAUAAAAUACACCAAGUAACUGUUUGGGGAAAUAAUUAUUUAUUUUAAAUAUCUCAGAAGCUUUGUGUUAAUGAAUCACCCCUCCCCCCACACACACAUUUUCACGAGCAUUAAACAUUUACCAUCCUGAAAAAACACGUGACAUACAAUUUAGGUUUACAGUGUUUUAGUCGUUCCCUUUCUAUAUGUGUUUUUUAGAUCCUAUGAUGUUAAUUUAGAUGACACCAAACCAAUAAAAACUUAAGAAU